AUGGCGAUUUUGAGUGUGAUUGCUGAAGGGUUGAGGUUGGAAUUCAAGAGGGAAUUGAACCAGAGUUCUGAUCCAAGAGUUGGUUCUUCAAGAGACAAUUCCACAAGUUCGACCUUAGCAGCUGCAGCAUCGGGGUCCAAUUCCUCGUCAUUCUCUGCACUGUUUUCCACUUUAAUACCCGUGGGCGUAUUCGCUGCAGUCUGCACCAUCUCAUUUCUGGUGUUACGCAGGAAAUAUCCGAGAGUAUAUUCACCACGGACUUUCUUGAGCAGUUUAGAUCCUCAUGAACGAAGUAAGGAAUUACCAUCUGGAUAUUUCAAUUGGAUCAGACCCUUUUUCAAUACCCCAGAUGAAGCGGUUCUCAAUCAGUCAUCGCUAGAUGGGUACUUAUUCCUCCGAUUCCUCAAGAUUAUGUGUGUAAUAUGUCUUGUAGGAUGUGGACUUGUAUUCCCCGUCUUGAUACCUUUGCAUAUACUUGGAGGUGCCGGUAAUGAACAACUUGAUCAAUUGACAUUUGGAAAUGUUGACAACCCCAGGAUUUACUAUGUACACGCGUUUCUGGCAUGGCUCUUCUUCGGAUUUAUCAUGUAUACUGUCUCACGAGAGUGUGUUUAUUAUAUUAAUCUCCGUCAAGCGUAUCUUCUUCAUCCGUAUUAUGCUAAGCGCCUGUCAUCGAAGACCGUUCUAUUCACGUGCGUUCCACAACAGAAUUUGGAGGAGGCGAAAUUACGGAAGGUAUUUGGCGAUUCUGUCAAGCAUGUUUGGAUCCCAAGAGAAACCCGAGAACUGCAGGAUUUGGUGGAUGAAAGAAAUCAAACUGCUUAUCGACUGGAAAGGGCCGAGACAGCAUUAAUAAAGCUUGCGAAUAAAGAAAGAAAUCGAGCACUCAAACAUGGCCAUCCAGAUCUUGAAUCGAGCAUUGGUAUCAAUUCUGUUCAAGAGACAAAGCGGGGAUCUUCAGCAACCGAGAAUCGUAGACCAAGCUUAAUUAGAAGUCCAGCUGAUGCAAAUCCCACGGACAUCGAGAUUUCGGAAGAUCCUAUGUCACCUACAGAUACACUAGUAGGGUCAAAUUCCAGUCCAAUCAGUGGAAAGGAAAAGGAAGCCAGGGUGACCGAGAAAGCAAUGUCCCAAACAAAUUCUCAAGCAACCACGGACGAAAAUCCCACAACCCCGACUUUGAAAUGGGGAGAUAAUGGAUACGGAAUGUCUGGGCCUCCUCCUGGAGUAAGUGGAUCAAUUGCAGCACAAUGGAUUCCCCACAGCUGGAGACCAACGCAUCGACCCUUAUCAAAUUAUGGAAGAAGCGUAGAUACUAUCAAAUGGACACGAGCUCGACUGAAGGAAAUCGCACCACAGAUCAACAAGCUGAGAAGAAUGCAUCGACAGGGAAAAGUAAAGCCAUUACCCGCCGCGUUUAUUGAAUUCGAUACUCAAGUCAACGCUCAAUCCGCCUACCAAACAUUAUCUCAUCAUCGAGCAUUUCACAUGACACCACAUAUCAAUGGAAUUCGACCACACGAGAUCGUAUGGGAAUCGCUUCGCAUGAGAUGGUGGGAACGUAUCAUGCGUAAUUUCGCGAUCCAAGGUUUCGUGGCAUGUAUGGUCAUAUUUUGGUCCAUUCCUUGUGCAUUGAUAGGAAUAGUAUCCAACAUCAAUUUUUUAACCACCAAAAUCCCAUUCUUAGGUUGGAUUGACAAGCUUCCAUCUUCAAUCCUCGGUUUGCUCACGGGCUUAUUGCCAGCUCUAGCUUUGACAUUUCUUAUGGCAUUAGUUCCAGUCAUUUUACGACAUUGUGCGCGUCAAGCUGGAAUCCCGUCUUAUUCGAUGAUCGAGCUCUACACACAAUCCAAUUACUUUAUAUUCCAAGUUGUGCAAGUGUUUCUUGUCACAACUAUCACUUCGGCCGCAUCUGCAGCAUUCGAAAAAAUCAUACAGGAUCCAACUUCUGUGCGCUCACUGCUUUCGCAAAAUCUACCUAAAUCAUCAAACUUUUACGUCUCGUAUUUCAUCCUCCAGGGUCUCGCCAUGUCCGCAACGAGAUUAUUGCAACUGCCUGCUUUGAUUCGUCACCUGAUGUUCCAGAAUGAGCAAAAUCCAAGACUGAUCAUCAACAAAUGGCACCGAAUCCGAAUUGUCCAUUGGGGAGCUGUUUAUCCUGUGUUCACAAAUAUGGGCGUCAUAGCUAUUACAUAUUCGCUAAUAAGUCCACUGACAAUCGUAUUCGCACUCGUGGGUUUAUAUCUCAUAUAUCUCGUAUCAAAAUACAACCUUCUCUACACCUAUUCCUCUGAGAUAUCUACACGAGGACUGCUGUAUCCACAUGCUCUUAAACAACUGCUUACAGGUGUAUAUCUUGCGGAAAUCUGUCUCAUCGGUCUUUUCGGAUUACGAAGCGCAUUUGGGCCGUUAGUAAUCAUGUUCGGAUUAACAAUCUUCACAGCAUUGAUCCAUAUAAGUCUCAACGAAGCACUCGGACCACUCCUCUGGAAUCUUCCUCGAACCCUUGCUGUGGAGGAAUUAUAUCGCGGACUUGCAUUUAAUUCCGAUUUGCAAACACCCAUGCCGACUAUGAAUCGAAGCAACACCCAUAACGAAAAUGAAAACGGAGAUUCAUUUUUCCCUAUGCAGACGCCUGAACAAACCCAAUCCCAGCCAGCAGUAUCAACAUACAUAAGCCACCGCAUAUCCACAGCACCAGAUCCACACCCCACCAUCUCAGAAGAGAACGAACCCGAACCCGAAAACCACAAAAACUCUAAUACAUCCCCGCACGACGACUCCGACUCCGAGAAAGAAGACGAAGACGAAAAUGAAAACGACCUCCACGAUCUCAACCCCCAAACCCGCUCUGCAGCCAAACGCAUAGAAGGGCUCCCCCACCUCUCAAAAUUAACCAUCACCUUCCUCCUACAGGCCCUGAAAUCCAAAAUCCAACCGCACCUCCACCACCUAACCCCCUAUCUAACCUACCUCACCCCGCUCAUCUCCCCCGUCUACAACCCCUCCUCCCCACCCAACUUCUUCAUCAAAUUCCUGCACCCAGAAAUAUUCUCCGACUACCAUAUUCUGCGCUCCCUAACCGCUUCUUUACCGCUUAUGCCCUCCGGUUUUGAGUAUACGCAAAAACAGCACGAGGAUGCGUAUUUCCCGCCCUGUGUGGCGAGAGGUCGAGAUCCAAAAUUGUGGAUUCCGAGGGAUGAGGCGGGGGUGAGUAGACAGGAGUGUGAGCAUGUGAGGAAGUUGGCGGGGAUGGAGUGUAGUGAUGAGGGGGUGGAGUUGAGGUUUGAAAAUGAGGAAGAGGGAGGAGAAAAGGGAAAAGGGAGAUGGGGGAAGAAGAAGGAGGGGACAGUCGUGGUGAAGGAUUUGCAGGCGGAGAAUUGUAUUUGGGUGAGGGAAACGAAGUUUUAG